AUGUCCAACACAGCUCAAGACGACUCGUUCCAGCUCUAUGAUCUCCGGGUCGAAGUUGUGUGCCCUCCAGGCAAGCGCAUAAUGUGCGGCGCGAAAGAAGGCGAUUACUUUACCAUGCAAGGUGAAAUGAUCUAUUUGCCUCCCAACCAGGGAAUAAGUAUAUACUCUUUAGCAGCUGUUAUGCCGCUUCUUCCAGCGAAGCAAAGAGUCACGUCUCCCAACGACUGGAUGACAACUGACGCCUUGAUAGCGUGUCCAGAUCCAAACUGUCCUUCUCAAUUACAAAUUACUAGAGAGGGUAUUAGAACUUUCAGUCAUUCUGAAACAACUAUAGUUCCGUUGCAUCAUAAAUAG